CUGAAAAGACUGGUCGAAGAAUACUGUGCUACUGGAGAAGAAGUCCCUCAGGAAGUGCAACCUAGCCCGACGGAGAGAUUGUUGAGCCUCGGAAAACCGCUAGUGCACGCGCUACUCACCCUAGCGGAGGAUAUGACUCCAUUCGAGGCCUCAUCAGAGAG